AUGAAACCGGAGACCCGCAGCGGGUCUAGCCAGAUCCCAAGCUGCCAAGCGUCUCAGGGGUGUCGUCGAUACGGUGACGGCCGGUCCGACGAGCCAAGCACGGACACGGACAGCGCGCAACAGAAGAGAAUGGACAUUCACGAGACGUCGUUGAGGAAUGCCUUCAAGCAGCUGCAGCGCUUCGUGGGGCUGGAGACCCCAAUACCUGAAAAGAUCGUGGCCAACAUUUUACUGCGACCAGCGACCAAGGUCGACAUCCCUGGCGUUGCUUCGGCUGCCGUGGCUGCGUACAUGGAUGACCCGCAAGACGCAUACCUGUACCCAAAGCGAGGCGAAUACCCGGCUAGAUAUUUGAAGGUGAAAUCAGAUAUUAUCAAGCACUGCCUAGACGACCAGACUGCUUUCCCGAUAGUUGCUGUUCUCGAGCCUGGUGAUGAAGGCUGGGACGGCACUUCAGAAAUCACGGCCUUUUGCAUCUGGUACCGCGAAAGUGUAAGGAGUCAAAAUGAAUCCGAGAAGAAAAGCUCUUUGAUAUCAAGAAUCAAGGAGCGUAUCCUUGGCCUAGAUGUGCUUGACUCCUUCCGCGACUUCAUUAACCCCAUGAUCGACUCAUCACACGCCAAGGCCAUGGCUGAAAUGUGUAGCAGCGAUGAGUCGCAACGAUGGAACGAAGACGGCUAUCACAAGCCAGACGAGUACUGGGGAAUCUUGGACCUCGGAGUGGAUCCAAAGUACCAACGCAGAGGGAUUGCCCGGUCCCUAUUGCAAUGGGGGCUGGAGCGAGCAGGGAAAGAAGGCCUGCCCGUCCAUCUGUCCGCAACUCCUGCAGGAGUCUCGCUCUACCACAGCCUUGGGUUCCGUAGCGUCGGGAAAUGGACGUGGCGCCCAGACCAGGAUUCGGACUGGGAGAUCAUGCGCUGGGAUCCACCGAAGGAUGCUCAAAAUUCAGACAUUUAG